GCUCCGCCUUCGGCGGGCAGGACGGCCGGCAGGAUGGCGGAGGAGACGGCCGUCGCCGUCUGUGUGCGCGUGCGGCCUCUCAACAGCAGAGAAGAAGCUCUUGGAGAAUAUACACAGGUUUACUGGAAAACUGACAAUAAUGCUAUUUACCAAGUUGAUGGAAGUAAAUCCUUCAAUUUUGAUCGUGUCUUUCACAGUAAUGAAUCUACUAAAAAUGUGUAUGAAGAAAUAGCAGUACCAAUCAUAGAUUCUGCCAUACAAGGCUACAAUGGUACUGUAUUUGCCUAUGGGCAGACUGCUUCAGGAAAAACAUAUACCAUGAUGGGUUGAAAAGAUUAUUUGGGAGUAAUACCCAGGGCAAUUCAUGACAUUUUCCAAAAAAUUAAGAAGUUUCCUGAUGGGGAAUUUCUCUUACAUGUGUCUUACAUGGAGCUAUACAAUGAAACCAUUACAGACUUACUCUGUGACACUCAAAAAAUGAAGCCUUUACUAAUUCGAGAAGACAUCAAUAGGAAUGUGUAUGUGGCUGAUCUCACAGAAGAAGUUGUUUAUACACCAGAAAUGGCUUUGAAGUGGAUCACAAAAGGAGAAAAGAACAGACAUUAUGGAAUUACAAAAAUGAAUCAAAGAAGCAGUCGUUCUCAUACCAUUUUUAGGAUGAUAGUUGCCUUUUCUGUCUAGAUUUUGGAAAGCAGAGAGAAAGGUGAACCCUCUAAUUGUGAAGGAUCUGUCAAGGUGUCCCAUUUGAAUUUGGUUGAUCUUGCAGGCAGUGAAAGAGCUGCUCAAACAGGCGCUGAAGGUGUGCGACUCAAGGAAGGCUGUAAUAUAAAUUGUAGCUUAUUUUUGGGACAAGUGAUCAAGAAACUUAGUGACGGACAAGUUGGUGGUUUCAUAAAUUAUCGAGAUAGCAAAUUAACACGAAUUCUCCAGAAUUCCUUGGGAGGAAAUGCAAAAACGCGUAUUAUCUGCACAAUUACUCCAGUGUCUUUGGAUGAAAGCCUGACUACUCUCCAGUUUGCCAGCACUGAAUAUAUGAAGAAUACUCCUUAUGUUAAUGACGUAUCAAGUGAUGAAGCUCUCCUGAAAAGAUAUAGAAAAGAAAUAAUGGAUCUUAAAAAACAAUUAGAGGAGGUUUCUUUAGAGACUUGGGCCCAGGCAAUGGAAAAAGACCAAUUGGCCCAACUUUUGGAAGAAAAAGAUUUGCUUCAAAAAGUGCAGAUUGAGAAAAUUCAAAACUUAACACGGAUGCUGGUGACCUCUUCUUCCCUCACAUCACAACAGGAAUUAAAGGCUAAAAAAAAAGGAAGAGUCGCUUGGUGCGUUGGCAAAAUUAACAAAAUGAAGGACUCAAACGAUGUAAAUGAAUUUAAUAUGCCAGCGAAUAUAACAACAAAGAUACAUAAGGUUGCUCUGACUUUAGGAGGAGAAAUUGAUGAAUCUCUCUGUUCAGAGUCUGAUGUUUUCAGUAGCACUCUUGAUACAUUAACUGAGAUAGAGUGGAAUCCAGCAACAAAGCUGCUAAGUCAGGAAAACUUAGAAAGUGAGUUGAAUUCACUUCUUGCUAACUAUAAUAAUCUGGUAUUAGACUAUGAACAACUAAGAGGAGAGAAUGAAGAAAUGGAAUCGAAAUUAAAAGAAAAGAAUGAUUUAGAUGAAUUUGAGGCUCUAGAAAGAAAAACAGAAAAAGAUCAAGAGAUGCAACUAAUUCAUGAAAUUUCCAACUUAAAGAAUUUAGUCAAGCAUGCAGAAGUGUAUAAUCAAGAUCUUGAGGAGAGCAUUUAUAAUGAACUAAGUUCAAAAGUAGAGCUGCUUAGAGAAAAGGAAGACCAGAUUAAAAAGCUACAGAAAUACAUAGACUCUCAAAAAUCAGAAAAUAUGAAAAUGGACUUGUCAUACUCAUCAGAAAACACUCAAGACCUGAAACAGAUGAAACAGACCCUGCUUGAUGCUGAGGCUGUAGCCCUUGAUGCCAAGAGAGAAGCAGCCUGUCUUAGGAGUGAAAAUCUGGAGCUAAAACAGAAAAUGAAAGAACUUGCAAGUGCAUGCAAGCAAAUGGAAAAUGAUAUUCAGUUAUACCAAAGCCAACUGGAGGCAAAGAAAAAAAUACAAGUUGAUCUGGAGAAAGAAUUACAAUCUUCUUUUAAUGAAAUAACAAAACUCACCUCCCUUACAGAUGGCAAAGUUCCAAAAGAUUUGCUCUGUAGUUUGGAAUCGGGAAGAAAGAUUACUGAUCUCCAGAAAGAACUGAGUAAAGAAGUUAAAGAAAAUGAAGCUUUGCGUAAAGAAGUUAAUUUGCUCUCAGGAUUGAAAUCUUUACCUUCAGAAGUAGAAAUGCUAAGGAAAAUGAUACAUGAUAAAUCUGAAGAGCUCUAUAUAAUAACAUCAGAAAGAGACAAAUGGUUUUCUGAAUUAGUUCAUAAAGAGAGUAGAAUUCAAGAUUUACUUGAAGAAAUGGGGAAAACUAAAAAUGACCUAGCAACUACCCAGCUGAAUUAUAAAAGAACUGAUCAAGAAUUCCAAGAUUUUAAAAAUCAUCAUAUUGAAUUUGAGCAAAAGUAUGAGAUGGUCCUUGAGGAGAAUGCAAGAAUGAGUCAGGAAAGGAAUCUCGCUAAAGAAGCUCAAAAACUUGGUUUAAGUUUGGAUGCUUUGAACGUAGAGCUUUCUCACACAACCCAAGAACUUCAGCAGAAAACAACUGAGAGUCAAGAAAGGUUAAACGAAGUGCAAGAGCUGAAGCAACAAUUAGAAAGUAGAAAUUCUAGGCUUCAAACGGUUGAAAGGGAAAAGACGCUGAUUACUGAGAAACUUCAGCAAACCUUCGGAGAAGUAAGAACCUUAACCCAAGAAAAGGAUGACCUAAAACAACUCCUAGACAGCCUGCGAAUUGAGAGGGACCAACUCAAACGUGACAUUGAGGAUACUGUAAACAUGGUAAAAAACAUAGACACCCAAGAACAAUUACUAAAUGCUCUUGAGUCUUUGAAACAACACCAAGAAACAGUUAACACACUAACAAUGAAAAUUUCUGAGGAAACUUCCAGGAAUUUGCAUAUAGAGGAAAACAAAGGAGAAACUAAGGAUGAACUUCUGGAAAAGAUGGUGGGCAUAGAUAAAAAACAGAAUUUGAAAGCCAAAAAAACCCAAGUGUUGACUGCAGAUGUUGAUAAUGAGCUAGUUGAACAACAGAGAAAGAUAUUUUCUUUAAUACAGGAGAAAAAAGAACUGCGACAAAUGUUAGAGCACGUUACCGUGGAAAAGGAGCAACUGAAGACUGAUCUGAGGGAGAGUAUUGACAUGACCAUUGAAAACCAGGAAGAGUUAAGAAUUCUUGGAGGUGAGCUUAAAAAGCAACAAGAGAUAGUUGCUCAAGAAAAGAACCAUACCAUAAAGAAAGAGGAAGAGCUUUACAGGACCUGUGAGCAACUGGCAGAAGCUGAAGAAAAGCUAAAGGAAAAGAGCCAACAACUCCAAGAAAAACAGCAACAACUUCUUAGUGUACAAGAAGAGAUGAGUGGGAUGCAGAAAAAGAUGAAUGAAAUGGAGAAUUUAAAGAAUGAAUUAAGGAACCAAGAACUAACACUGGAACAUAUGGAAGUGGAGAGGCUAGAGUUGGCUCAGAAACCUCGUGAAAAUUAUGAGGACAUAAAAUCCAUAACCAAAGAAAGAAAUGAUCUGCAGGAAUUACAGGAGUCAUUUGAAAUAGAGAGAGAGAAACUUACAGAAUAUGUAAGAGAAAUUGAAGUUAUGGGUCUGGAAACAAAAGAAGAACUAAAAAUUGCUCACAUGCAUCUAAAAGAACACCCAGAAGCUAUUGACGAACUAAGAAGAAAUGUUUCUGGGAAGACAGCUCAAAUAAUAAAUAUUCAGAAGGACCUAGAAAAAUCCAAUACUGAAUGACAAGAAAAGAUAGUAACUUUGGUAUUUUAUGAAUCUCACAAGAUCCAAGGGCUUCCUAAUGUGGAAGAAGUCAGUGAUACUCAGGAAAUGAUGGAUGAACUGGAGCCAUUGAAAGAACCAUCCAAACCCAAGGAUUCAGCAACACUGGCAAGCACAGAAAUGGGAAGGCUCAGGUUGAUUGAAAAACUUCAAGAAAGUCCUGAAGAAAUAAAAUCUCUAACUGAGGAAAGAGACAACCUUAAAAUAAUAAAAGAAGCACUUAAAGUUGAUUGUGAGCAGCUGAAAGAAGACGUUAAAGAAACUUUGGCUAAAAUCCAAGAGCCUCAAGACAAACAAGAACAGUCCUUCAAUAAGAAAGAAAAAGACAAUGAGAUUAAGAAAAUACUGAGUGAGAUGGAGCAAUUGAAGGAGCAACUCCAAGCCAAAGAGUCAGCACUACUAAGAACAGAUAUGGAAAAGCUCAGAUGUUCUGAGAGACCCCAAGACAGUCAUGAUGACGUGAGCUCUGUAGCUAAGGAGAGAGAGAGCCAACAGCUGCUGCAAGAAGUUGUUCAGUCUGAAAGCUACCAACUCAAAGAAAACAGAGAAAUCAUGGCUAAAAUCCAAGAGUUUCAUGAGAAACAGGAACAAUUUGUUAGCAUCAAAGAAGUCAGUGAGACUCAGGAAAAAACAAGUGAACUAGAACAAUUAAAGGAGCAACUCAAAGCCAAAGAUUCAUCACUACAAAGUAUAGAAAGCGAGAGGCUCGUGUUGACUGAGAGACAUCAGGAAAGUCAAGAAGAAAUAAAAAUUAUAAUUAAGGAAAGAGAUGAACUGAAAGGGUCACAAGAGGCCCUUCAAAUGGAGAGAGGCCAACUCAAAGAAAACAUUAAAGAAAUUGUAGGUGAAGGAUGGAAAAUCAAAGAGGAACUGCAAACUACUUAUAUUCUUCCUAAGGAGUACCAAGAAGCUAUUAGUACAUGGAAUAUUUCAGAGAAGACAGAUCAAGGAGCAAAUAUUCAGAGAGAUUUAGAAAAUUCAGAAGCUGAAUUACAGGAAAAGAUUCAAGAACUUCAGGAAAAAGAACAUCAGCUUCCUAAGAUGGAAGCUGUCAGUGAGACACAGGAAAAAAUGUGUGAAAUGGAAUACUUGAAGAAGCAAUUUGAGGCCCAAAAGUCAACUCUGGAAAAUAUAGAAAUGGAGAAUGUAAGGUUAACUCAGAGACUCCAAGAAAACCUUGAAGAAAUGAGAUGUGUUACAAAAGAAAGAGAUGACCUUAGGAGUGUGGAGGAGACUCUCAAAGUAGAGAGAGACCAGCUCAAGGAAAACCUCAGAGAAACCGUAACCAGAGACCUGGAAAAACAAGAGGAACUAAGAAUUGCUCACAUGCAUCUGAAAGAGCACGAAGAAACUAUUGAUAAACUCAGAGAAGUUGUUUCAGAGAAGACAGAUGAAAUGUCAAAUAUGCAAAUACAGUUAGAAAACACAAAUACUGCCUUAAAAGCACAGAUCCAAGAACUUCAAGAGAAAGAACAUCAACUUCUUAAGGCAAAAAAUGAUCUCAAGGAAAAUACACAUCAAACAGAGCAAUUCAAGAAGCAAUUAGAGGCCCAGAAUUCAACCCUGGAAAGUAUAGAAGCAGAGAAGUUCAAGUUGACUCAGAAACAUCUUGAAAACCUUGAAGAAAUAAAACUUGUUACUAAGGAAAGAGAUGGCCUCAGAAGAGUGGAGGAAACCCUCAAAAUGGAGCAAGACCAGCUCAGGGAAAGCCUGAGAUAGACGAAAGCUAAAAAUCUGGACAAACGAGAGGAACUAAGAAUUGCUCACAUGCAUCUAAAAGAGCACCAGGAAAUUAUUGAUCAACUCAGAGGGAUUGUUUCUGAGAAGACAGAUGAAAUGUCAAAUAUGCAAGUGGAUUUAGAAAAUUCAAAUGCUAAAUUACAAGAAAAGAUCCAAGAACUUAAGGCAAAUGAACAUCAACUUUUUAAGUUAAAAGAAGAUGUCAGUGAGACACAGAAAAAAAUGUCUGAAAUAGAGCAAUUGAAGAAACAAUUCAAGGCCCAAAAUUUAACUCUGGAUAAAACAGAAAUGGAGAACUUAAAUUUGGCUCAGAAACUUCAUGAAAACCUUGAAGAAAUGAAAUCUGUAAUGAAAGAAAGAGAUAAUCUAAGAAGAGUAGAAGAGAUUCUCAAACUGGAGAGAGACCAACUCAAGGCAAACUUAGAAGAAACCAUAGCUAUAGAUCUGGAAACACAACAAGAACUAAAAAUUGCUCGUAUGCGUUUGAAAGAACAUCGAGAAAUUAUUGAUAAAUUCAGAGAGAGAAUUUCAGGAAAGACAACUCAAAUUUCAAAUAUUCAAAAGGAUUUAAAUAAAUCAAAAGAUGAAUUACAGAAAAAGAUCCAAGAACUUCAGAAAAAAGAGUUUCAACUUCUUAAAAUGAAAGAAAAUGUCAGUAAAACUCAUAAAAAAAUGAAUGAAAUGGAACAAUUGAAGAAGCAAUUUGAGGCCCAAAAUCUAUCUAUGCAAAGUGUGGAAAUGGAUAACUUACACUUGACUAAGAAACUUCAUGAAAGCCUUGAAGAAAUAAUAAUUGUAGCUAAGGAGAGAGAUGAGCUAAGGAGGAUAAAAGAGUCUCUCAAAAUGGAAAGAGACCAAUUCAGAGAAACCUUAAGAGAAAUGAUGGCUAGUGACCAACAGAACCUGAAAGAGGUAUUAAAACAUGAAAAAAUGUUUCUAUGUGAUGGAAAACAGCACCUUACAGAAAGCCUGAGAGAAAAGUGCUUUAGGAUAAAAGAGCUUCUGAAGAGAUUCUCUUCAAGAAUGGAGAGUCAUUCUGAGUGUUUAAAUGGACUCUCUCUUGACUUGGAGAGGGAAAUUGAAACCCAAAGAGAACUUUCAGUUAGAGUAAAAGCAAACCUCUCCCUUCCAGCUCCACAAACCCGACAGAUUCAGAAACUUCUCACCGCCAACCAGAGAUGCUCCAUGGAGUUCCACAGAGUCGUGAAGAAACUCCAGUUUGUGUUAAGCCAUGUUACAAAGAUAAAGGCAGAACAACAUGAAUCCAUCAGUAAAUUUGAAAAGAUUUUUAUUGAUGAAGUGGAAAAGCAAAGUGAACUGCUAAUUAAAAUACAGCACCUUCAACGAGAUUAUGAUGUACCAUCCAGAGAAUUAAGGGACUGCCAGUUGAGGCAGAAAAUGGAUCUACGUAUUGAGGAAAUUCUCAAAGAUUUUUCAGAAAGUGACUUCCACAGGAUGAAAACUGAAUUUCAACAAGUACUACGUAAUAGGAAAGAAAUGACCCAGUUUUUGGAAGAGUGGUUGAAUACUCAUUUUGAUAUAGAAAAGCUUAAAAAUGGCAUCCAGAAAGAAAAUGAUAGGAUUUGUGAAGUGAACAACUUUUAUAAUAAAAAAAUAACUGGUAUAAGGAAUGAAGCAACAGAGUUUGAGGGAAGAAAUGCAACCAUAGUCAAAGAAUAGGAACAUGACCUGAAAUCAGUGAAAGAGGAGAAUGAAAAACUGUUUAAAAACUAUCAAACUUUGAAGAUCUCUCAGACAUCUGCGGCCCUUGUUAAUCCUGCUACACAAGACGCUAAGAAUCUUCACGUCACAUCAAAAGCUACACAACUAACCACAGAGACAAUUCAAGAGCUGGAAACUGCACUCCAUGAAGCUAGAGAAAGUGCCAUGCACAAGGAAGACAAGAUUAUAGAGAUGCAGAGAGAACUAGAGAUGUCUAAUGACGUCAUAGCAAAACUUUAGUCACAAGUUAAUGAAUCAAAUAAAUGCCUGGAAAAAACAAAAGAAAUGAUCCAAGUGCUUCAGGAGAAAGUUGCUUUAGGAGCUAAGCCCUAUAAAGAAGAAAUUGAAGAUCUCAAAACAAAACUGGUGAAAAUAGACCUAGAGAAGAUGAGAAAUGCCAAGGAGUUGGAGAAAGAAAUUACUUCUACAAAAGCCGCCGUAGAACAUCAAAAAGAAGUUAUAAGGGUAUUGAGAGAAAAUCUUAGAAGAAAUCAACAGGCCCAAGAUACUUCAAUGAUAUCAGAACAUGUUGAUUCUCAGCCUUCAAAGAAACCCUUAACCUGUGGGGGUGGCAGCGGCAUUGUACAGAGCACAAAGGCUCUUAUUUUGAAAAGUGAAUAUAUAUGGCUAGAAAAGGAAAUUUCUAAGUUAAAGCAGCAAAAUGAACAGCUAAUACAGCAAAGGAAUGAACUGUUAAGCAAUAACCAUCAUCUUUCCAGCGAGGUCAAAACAUGGAAGGAGAGAACCCUUACAAGAGAGGCUCUCAAAGAAGCGACUUGUGCGAGUUCUCCUAAGUCUCCUAAGGUGACUGGACCAGCUUCUAAGAAGAGACAACGUACACCUUCUCAUUGCAAGGAACAGGAUUUACAAGAUCCUGUGCCAAAGGAAUCACCAAAAGCUUGGUUUUCUGAUAGCGGAUCAGUCUUUUCCAGCACCUCAUCCAGUUUGCUAUUUUGAUAACUCAAGUUUAGGCCUUUGCUCAGGCGGGUAAAUAUCCUGGUUACUUGGAGAUCGGGGGUAACGGUUGGAACUAAUCUGUAACAUGUGGCCCCAAAGGGCAGGUGUAUACAAGAGAAGACGUCGUGGAGAAGCUACAGCACACAGACCUUGUCUGCUCUCUCUGUGAGAAGCUUCUCCACAGCCCAGCCCUGAAGUGGAAUCCCCUUUUACUCCAAGUGAAAUC